AUGGGCUCUUUAGCUGCCAAGCUCCUCCUGCCCACCAUCAGCAGCCUAGCUUUUCUCCCAACCAUCAGCAUCGCAGCCAAGCGGCAGUUUCACAUGGAGGCGAUGGUUUACUUCUUCACCAUGUUCUUUAUCUCGAUUUGCCAUGCCUGCGAAGGCCCUGGGUUAACAGUCCUCUGUUUCAUGAAGUAUGAUCUCCUGCAGUACUUCAGCAUCCUUGGAACCGCAUUAUCAAUGUGGGUGUCACUGAUGGCUCUGGCAGAGUUUGAUGAACCCAAACGAUCAACUUUUGUGAUGUUUGGAGUGCUUACCAUAGCUGUCAGGAUCUACCAUGACCGAUGGGGAUAUGGUGUCUACUCUGGACCAAUUGGGACAGCAGUUCUCAUGAUAACUGUCAAAUGGCUGCAAAAGAUGAAAGAGAAAAAAGGUCUGUAUCCAGAUAAAAACGUCUACACACAGCAGAUUGGGCCUGGGUUCUGCUUUGGGGCUCUGGCUUUGAUGCUGAGAUUUUUUUUCGAGGACUGGGACUACACCUACGUUCACAGCUUCUACCACUGUGCUCUGGCCAUGUCUUUUGUCCUCCUCCUCCCCAAAGUGAACAAGAAAGCAGGCAAUGGGGGAUCCCCAGCCAAACUGGACUGCUCCACUCUCUGCUGCUGUGUUUGA